ACGGGCACCCCAAAUCGCCUUAUGGUUAGACUUCAGCGGUUUUCUCUAUGUCUGUCUGUGGGAAUUUGUUUUGGCUAAAGCACAGAGAGACACGGUACCGGGACUGAAACGGCUUUCACGACGCGGAUACCUGGCCGUAUUUGAAGAUACCUUGAAGAUAGCUUUUGUCGUCUAUUGAUAGACACUCUUUCGUCCCCGGUUCUGUCUUCUAGGUUUUGUUGCCGUCCUCAGACGGAUUUGUCCUCUCAGCUGUCGGGUGUAGGGAGGAGAGGAAGCAAACAUGCCGAAACCGAUCAAUGUCCGUGUGACCACCAUGGAUGCAGAACUGGAGUUUGCUAUCCAGCCAAAUACCACAGGAAAGCAGCUCUUUGACCAGGUGGUAAAGACGGUGGGGCUGCGGGAGGUCUGGUUCUUCGGCCUGCAGUACGUGGACAGUAAGGGUUACAUCACGUGGCUAAAACUCAAUAAGAAGGUAACCCAACAGGAUGUGAAGAAGGAGAACCCUCUCCAGUUUAAGUUCAGAGCCAAGUUCUUCCCUGAGGACGUCUCAGAGGAACUCAUCCAGGAGAUUACCCAGAGACUGUUCUUCCUGCAGGUAAAGGAGGGCAUCCUGAACGAUGAGAACUACUGUCCUCCAGAGACAGCUGUGCUUCUGGCAUCAUAUGCUGUCCAGGCCAAGUAUGGAGAUUAUAACAAAGAUGUCCACAAGCCUGGAUACCUCACACAUGAUAGAUUGCUUCCUCAGAGAGUCCUGGAGCAGCAUAAGCUGACCAAGGAGCAGUGGGAGGACAGGAUACAGACUUGGCAUGAGGAACACAGAGGAAUGCUCAGAGAGGAUUCUAUGAUGGAAUAUCUGAAAAUUGCCCAGGACUUGGAGAUGUAUGGAGUCAACUACUUUGAGAUCAAAAAUAAGAAGGGCACACAGCUGUGGCUGGGAGUGGAUGCCCUCGGACUGAACAUCUAUGAACAUGAAGACAAGUUGACACCAAAGAUUGGCUUCCCCUGGAGUGAGAUUAGAAACAUCUCUUUUAAUGACAAGAAGUUCGUCAUCAAACCUAUUGAUAAGAAAGCUCCUGACUUUGUGUUUUAUGCUCCACGACUGCGCAUCAACAAGCGUAUCUUGGCUUUGUGUAUGGGUAACCAUGAGCUGUACAUGAGGAGGAGGAAGCCUGAUACCAUCGAGGUGCAGCAGAUGAAGGCUCAGGCCAGGGAGGAGAAGCACCACAAACAGAUGGAGAGGGCUCAGCUGGAGAAUGAGAAAAAGAAACGAGAGCACGCAGAGAAAGAGAAGGAGAGGAUAGAGCGUGAGAAGGAAGAGCUCAUGGAGAGGCUGAGACAGAUUGAAGAGCAGACAAUGCGGGCUCAGAAAGAACUGGAGGAACAGACUCGUCGGGCCAUGGAGCUGGAGCAGGAGAGGAAGAGAGCAAGGGAAGAGGCAGAGCGACUGGAGAAGGAGAGGCAAAUGGCUGAGGAGGCCAAGGCUGAGCUGGCCAAACAGGCUGCAGAUCAGCAGAAGAACCAGGAACAGCUGGCAGCUGAACUGGCUGAAUUCACAGCUAAGAUCUCUUUGCUGGAAGAGGCCAAAAGGAAGAAGGAGGAUGAGGCCACAGAAUGGCAGCACAAGGCUCUGUCAGCCCAGGAUGACCUGGAGAAGACCAAGGAGGAGCUGAAGACGGCCAUGAUGGUGGUCCCAACUCAGGCUGAGAGCGAGCACGACGAACAAGACGAGAACCACGCAGAGGCCAGCGCCGAGCUCUCCAAUGAGGGCGUGAGUCAGCUGGACCUGCGCAGCGAGGAGGAGCGGGUCACCGAAGCCCAGAAGAACGAACGGGUCAAGAAACAGCUGCAGACAUUAAGCUCCGAGUUGGCCCAGGCCCGAGACGAAACCAAGAAGACGCAGAACGACGUGCUACACGCCGAGAACGUCAAAGCCGGCCGAGACAAAUACAAGACAUUGCGCCAGAUCCGACAGGGCAACACGAAGCAGCGCAUUGACGAGUUCGAGUCCAUGUGAGGACGGCGCCUCUGCCCCCUCAUCCCGUUGGUCCCUCAGGGCUACCUGGUCCUGAACUGUUCCCAGCGGCUGCUCGCUUUUCACGGACAAAAGAUGUUGCCGUCCUUGUUAUCUCAUUGAGUCCCAACCCAGGCAAUCUGGAGAAAUAAUCUAGUGAAUCUUUGCCAAAGUCCCGCCCCACAUGGUCAGAUGUCUCUGAUACGGAGCUGCCUACAUGCCACUCUGAACCGGCAACUUCUCCUCGUACCCGAGAGAACAUCUGUCAACCUUCUGUGCAGUGGAAAAAAACAAACUGUCAAACCAAAUUAGAACCAAUUGGAUAUUUUUUUUUUUGUACAAACAUGGCCAUAUAAAAUCUGUAGAUGUUUGUUUUGCUUGAUGACUUGUAUGCAAAGCUUUAGUUAAAGGUUUCCUGUCCUCGUAUAGGUUCAUUUCCUCUGCUUUUGUUCGACUUGUUUUAUUGACGCCCUUUUUUUUAAGUUGUCUGUUGUACUUGUUGAGGCCAGGUUUAGUCCAAAGGCAGGGGAUAUUUUCAUUCAGCGUCAAAUCCUAAUUGUAUAUGUGAUCACAGAGCUGAGGUCUUUUCACUCUUCUCAAUUAAACUAGUUAGAAACUGUCAUUUAGAGGAGAUACUGCAGUAUUUUAAUAGUUUUAAUUCAGGCUCAAAGUCACAAAUAUCUGCAUUCACAAUCCUUUCUGUGGAUGACUUUAAAGUGAAUCGACCCUUUCGAGGUCACAUGGCAUAUUUGAUGAAUGAAUGUAGCAAAGGUAUUAAAGGGAAAGUAUUUUUACCUGCAGAGGUGAUAGGAUAGCAUGUACCAAGCUUGUGCCACUGAGCUAUCGCCCUCUCUGAAAAGUGUUGAUGAACAUAAGCUAAUCGGUAUGUGUGGGUUUUCCCAGCUGCAUCCCCGUGUUUGAGGUCAGUCACCGUCGAUGGUUUUCUCUGCCUACCAGCUCACAAAGGAGGCCGGCGUUGAACUUCACGGACAGACCGAGUAUCAGACAGCUGCUGCUCUGUCUGUCCUGCUCUUGGAGUGUCUGUGGGAGUGAAUGUGAAUGGGAGUGAACGCUGAGGCUGGCACCUCUCUGGCUGGGGAGCUUAUGAAAACAUCAGUCCUCGACCCGGGACAAAUCUCUACCUCAGUAAAUGUUCGCAGUGGUGACUGACCGUCAAACACAUGGGACGGCCCCUCCCCCUUCCUCCCAAAAAAUAACAUCAUAAGGUCAUUAUUUUAGUUGGUUACUGUUACAUCUUUGCUUUGUGGCUGCUUACAAAAGAGGUGUCUCAGCCUUUCUUCGUCAUCAUCUUGUCCCUUAAGUUUCUUCAAAAAACAAAAACAAAUGAGGAAAUUAUGCUGCAAAUCUAAUGGAGAAGUACUGUUACAGUUUUAAAAUCAUCAGACUCAUGUAAAACCAAAUGACCUGCAUCAGCUCCAAACUGUCCACCUCAUGGGAUUUCCUUCAGAUAAAAAAAAACAAAAAAAAAACAGGUUAAUUAAAGGGACAAAUCCAGCUCCAGAAAUGGACAACAGGCCAAUUUCUGCCUCUAAAAUCAUGCUGAACAUCUUUCUUUGCUCAGACAACAAAUGGACUCCACCUUUGUACGGUUGGAAAUAUGUUCCAGGGUGUGUUCUUGAAAUGAGUGAACACAAUUUUUUUGUUUUAAAUUAAGAAAAGUAUGUUUGUUUGGGUUUUUUUUUUGUUAAAGCUCAACGUGACGGCUGGUGCAGCUGGAUGUUUUUUUUUUUUUUCUUAAAGUACUAAAGUACAAAAUGUGACACUGAAGCCUGCCUUGUGUGUUUAACCUCUCAGUGUCCAUUGUUUUGCAUCAUGUUUGCCACAGCGGGUCAAAAAUUAUCCUGUGCUUCCAGCUUUUAUUUUCACAUCGUAUUUGAAGACCCUCAGUCCGCAGCGCGCAUCACUCUGCAGCUUCAUUGGAGGAGAGAGCACCUUGGGACACGCCCCCUCCAGUGAACUGGUGUCUGCUCUGAUGCCUGCUGUGGCACCAGCUGUCACGUCUGGCUCAUUUUUCCCUUUACGUUUCUAUUAGGGUUCGUUAAGAUAGGUGGCACAGAUGGAUUACAGUCGAUUUCAUUUGUUCACAAAUAAAAGUUUUAAAUUUUC